AGGCUACGUGCUCUAUGACCAAGGAACAAAGAGUUAACGCUUUACAAUAGGGAGGAAGUUGGACAAAGUUCCUGUCUAACAUAUUCCCUGAAUUCUAUAGAGACUACCAUCGAGGGAAAUACACACGUUAAUACAUAUUUCAGAUUGUGUAAAUAGCAGGAUUACAUUCUGGAUAUUGGGGUAGCAAUAUCAUAAUUUUGAAGACACCUGCGAUACAUCAGGUAUUCGAUUGGGAGGGAAGUCAUUGGGCGUUCACGGCUGGAAAGAAUAAGAUUAGGUCUACGGGGUUCAUCCCUUGAGCCUCCUCUCCCCAAUCUACUGUAACUGAUUGUGUGACACUUCUGGUGGGUCCACGUGGGGGGGGUGAUGUGUUCCAGUGGCGGUCCAGACAGCUCCGGCUAUGGGGGCAGCCGGUCCGGCUCCUCAUAUGCUCUGUGUGCCUUGGGGGUGGGGCUCAUCGCCCUGGGCAUUGUCAUGAUCGUGUGGACUGUGGUGCCCGGGGAUGCUCCCCAGACAGCCAAGGCUCCGGGCAACUUCAGUGUUAUUGUACCAGUGGACCAUGCUGGGGAUGGAGAGAAGGACAGGGAAACAGCAAAGACCUCAUCAAUAGCCUAUGUACUGGUGGGGGCGGGGGUGGCCAUGCUGCUGCUGUCCAUCUACCUGGGGGUGAGGAACAAGAGGAGGGGGAGCCAAAGAGGACAGGAGACACAGGUCCCCUUUGUGGACCAUGUGGCUGGGGAGGCAAGAGAGAUUGCAGGGGAGCCAGCACCAGCCUACGAUGUGCCCAGCUAUGAGGAGGCGGUCACCAGUGGCCAGUACCCGAUACGCCAGAGCAACUUACGCCACAGCACCUCCCAGCUGCCUUCAUACGAAGACCUCAUCAGUGCUGUGGAAAACGAGGGGGAGGGACCAAGAGCAGUUACUUCAGAGGCGGUUCCUCCCACCACUCCGGCCCUGGAUCCCCAGCCCACUGCAGCCAACCCCCCCACCCGCAGCAGCAGUCGAGCUAGACGGAUACUACGGCCGCUCAGGGUACGCAGAAUCAAGUCAGAGAAACUCCAUCUGAAGGACUUCCGUUUUAAGGUCCGCAACCCUACUGAUGUGAAGGUGACCAUUGAACCCAUCACGCCACCACCACAGUAUGACGACAAGAUGCCUGAGUUCUGACAGCGCCCUCGGGCUUGGGAGGAUUACAAGCAUUGUUUUUCAAUGUUGAGUAAAACAACACUAUUGCUGGAUCAGAUGGACUAAUAAUGAUACCAUUUUUGGAAAGCAGAACCAUUAUAACAGUUGCUUUGUGAAUAUAGGCCCUGAACUCACAUACCAUCUCAGAGUAGGAGUGUUGAUCUAGGUUCUGUCCAUGCAAUCUUAUUCAUUGUGAACUGAAAGGCAAAACUGAUCCUAGUUCAGAUCUCCCACUCUGAGACACUUUGUGGAUACACGGGCCUUGAGUCCAGAGGCCUGGCUGGGAGUCUUCUUCCUUCACACUGAGACCAAGACACUGACAUUGUUGCUUUGAAUCAAGAUGUUUCUCUGCUCUAUCUUGACUUGUUUAUUGAAAUCUGCUUAAUGGCAUAUUUUUUCCAGGGCUUCUUUAUGUGCACUAUGCUAUCUGUUUAGAACACUGUGGCUGUGUUUAGAAGAUAAUUACCUAUCUUGUUCUUAUCUUGUGCACAAAUACAUCUUGACAUCCAGAAAAUGUCCUUAAUCUUUUCAGAUGGAAUGCAUAAAAUGGUGUCAUAACAGUGCCUUGGUAAUUGUAUUGUAUCAGCAGAUGUGCCUUUUUAGGAAACGAUCCAUGUCAUCAGUUUGUCCCACACAGUGAUUGCUCAUGGACUACUGGAAACAAAUGCCCUAUGAAAAUGGUAGUUUCAUGUCAGUCUAUACAAAGAAUGGCACAACUUUUGAGAAUGUGUUUUAUAGUACUACUAUGUAGAGGACAUGCUGAAGCCAAGGAAUGAUUAAAUACCUUUAUGUUGACUGGCCUCUGUCCUCGUGUGUUGACGUUUGGUAUUUGGAGAGUAUUGAAUGUGAAUCAUGAAAAUGGCCACUUUCUAUAACUGCAGCAACAAUGAAAGGGAAUGUGUUGUCUUGUCAGCUUUCCAUUCAAGGGAACAGCAGGUAGAAAAUCUUGGAGUCCCAAUAAACUGUCUUUUAUCUCUGUUAAUUUAUCUAAUUAACUAUGCACAUUUUUAGAGUUAAGAGCAUUUUGAUAAGACUGCUUCAAGGUUUCUUUACUUAUGUGGACUGUGAAUGAAUGUACCUUUCUAGUACUGACCCAGUUCACCUAACUACAGCCAUGUUUGGGAAAAUCAUUGGAGAAGCAUAAUGUUCUUAGAAUUAAACAGCAGUUAUUUAUUAAAGAUUUUUUUGUCAUCUGACACUAGGAGAAAAAAAUUUAACUAUUGGGCUCCCGAGAGGUGCAGCAGUCUAAGGCAGUGCUAGAGGCAUCACUGCAGACCCUGGUUCGAUCCCAGGCUGUAUCACAACCGGCCGUGAUUGGGAGUCUCAUAGGUCGGCUCACAAUUGGCCCAGUGUCGUCCAGAUCAGGGUUUCGCAGGGAUAGGCCGUCAUUGUAAAUAAGAAUUUGUUCUUAACUGACUAUCCUAGUUUUUUUAAAUUAGGGGGGGUGUGUACUGUAUAUGUACUUAGUGUAGGUGACUAAAUUCAAUAGAUAGCACUGUAGGAAUGACCUCUGGUCUGUAGAAUUGGUUUGCGUGUAUGCGCUUGUUUCUGUAUUGACACAAAUUUAAAUAAGUCAUGAAAGGUAUUGGGGUAAUUGUUUUUAAAAAUGUUAAAUAUCAAUGUAUUUUAACGUGCAAAUCAUUCUUUUGGGAAUUUUGAGAAAUAAAAUUGACUGAGUUUGUUGUAUGGAUUAAAGAUGCAUCACAAUCUCACACUGAACAUUAAAUAUUUCAAUCUUUA